GUAUUUGCGGGGAGAACAAGUUUGCCAAUCUGUUGGUCUUGAACCUGUUGGUCUUGAAUCUGUUGGUCUUGAAUCUGGUGGUCUUGAUUUCCCAAACGUGUGUGUGACCUUUUUUGGAUCUCUUUGCUGACUUUGGUCAACUUAGCCUCCGUCUUCCUCCCGGGCUCUCGGUCUUCGUCUCUCGGACAACGUGACUAUCCUCUUGGCUCUCACUUUGCUCGCCAGCUCCCUCCGUACCGCAAACUGCCUCAGAGUAUAUUGAACUCCGACAACAAACAAAAUGGCGUCUCUAGGCACCUUAUUCAUCAUCUUGGUGGUUGGCUUCGCUGCAAUUUCAUCUGUGAAUGGUCAAACUUUCGACUUGGGGGUUGUUUGGCUAAAGGUCACUCCGUACACAGUUUACUACCUGACUGGACAAAGGACAUUAUCGAUUGGAAUACAGUACCUACCACACUGCUCCGCUCAAGGUGCUACUGGUAAACUUAUUCAACUGACUAACACUAACACUGGUGUGGUUGUUGCUGAACACAACCAACCGUUUACUCAGAGUGGCACCAAGGACAUUACUAGUGCUACAUGGGACUUCACCCAACACUCCACUCUCAACUCAAGCUACACUGGACUGUACAGAUGUACAUCAGAUAUAACGGGUCAUACGACAGGACGAACUACCUAUCAACUGCAUGUCGUGGUUCCACCCACAACGCCGGUACUUCAAACUCCAGUGUCAGUGUAUAACGACACUCUAUACAACAUCAACUGUACCGGUCGAGGAUACCCAGAACCUACAGUAACAUUGAUGGUCAACAACGCCGUAUUGCCGGGCAGUGAUACAGCCAAUUGUACUGCUGGUGUGUGUACAAAGACACACACAGCAUCUCUAGAUGGGAGUAACUACACACUUGGCCAGUCCAUCAAUAUAACCUGUACCGUGGAUAUCAACCAACCACAAUUCACCUGUACUCCUGCUCUUCAUUCAAUAUCACAAAAAAACUGUACUAAAACUGCCAAGACCAGCGCACACACAAGAACUGUUCCUGUACUUGUAUCCUGUCAGCGAUUAGAACACACUCUUGGUUAUGAUUACAAUGCUUCAUUCUCCACUGCCUCUGGAACUGUUCUGGGUAUUUCAUGUCGUGCCGGCUUUACUGAGGAUGCUAGUACGAGUUCCAUUGACACAAUAACAUGUCAAGAUAAUGGAAUGUGGACACGUCUCCCGACUUGUACAGUGGCUAUUCCUAGUGGAAAGUCUAGGGUGAGCGGUGGGUCAAUGGCAGUCAUGGCCAGCUUGCUAGUGAUUGUAUUGAUUUGAGGCAUUGUUUUCACUCUGCCUAGGAAAGUGUCUCCUGGAUUGGGUGCCGGAACAGUGGGAAGACUUUCUACAAGCCUUGGCAAGUGCAAAAAGCUGACGGCCAGUUCCAGUCAUUGUUAACAUUCCUGUAGUGUUACACCACGCAUACACAUGCAUGCAUAUGUCAACACACCUAUACACAAUUAUUAUGCAUGACUGUAAGAGGUAAUAAUCAGUACCCAUUUCACACGAUGUAACCUGAUGCCUUUAUAUCACUUCGUGUUGGUACUUCUCUGUACUUUGAAGCUAAUCUUGGCAUAAAGACAUAUUGGUAGGAAAUAUUGAUAAGGAAACUAAGCAUUGAUUGAAUUGAAGCAUGCACGAUUUCAGGUUUGUCUAUUAUGACGGUUGACCUCUCAUGGUGGUCCAUCAGGUUUGUUGCCCUUGGAUGUAUUGUUGUCAAUGUCCCUGCAUUCAGCUUGAAGAUAUUAAUAAUUUUUCAUUGCUAUUGGAGAGAGCAUUCUUACAACACAGUCAUGGUGCCUAUCGUAAAUGCAUUUCCACUGAUAUCUGCGAAGGAGUAUUUUCGCUUCGCACUGUUA